CCAAGAGCUGAUCCCCUCCUGUCUGCAGGCUCCCUUGAGGUACUGAAAGGAAAAUGCUUGAGUAAAUACUGGCAUGUAAUUCUUAAGGAGUGUGGCUGAAGACAUAACUUUUCCUACAGCAAAUCCUAAUAGGUAGCUGGAGCCAUUUCCCUCUCAAUAUAGUGGCCACAAAAAAAAAUCAUAUUCUUAUAAGCCAAACUGCCCUCGUGUUUCUGCUAAAUUGAGUCCUGUCGGUAAGGAGUGUCAGAGUCAGGCCUCACAAUGCAGCUAUGAACUGAAGUGGCUCCGAGAACCUCAGUCCCAAGCAGCUCUUGUGACUUCGCAGCAUUUCGUCACCAUGGACACAGCGCCGACCAACAGCCGCUCGGAGCUCACAGUCCGACCGCAAGCAAAUGCUGUCCAGCGAGCCAGGAGCAGCCAGAAGGGUCUGCACGGAAAUGCUGUGAAGAUCACAACAGCAGGAAAGUUUGCCAAAGACCGAUGUCCCAGUGUGGAAUAUGGCAUCCAAGGCAAAACAGAGCAAACAAGACAGCGUUGGUGCUGGGAAAAAUAAGGAAGUGAGAACAGCAGAUAAGGAAGAACUACGAAGAACCAAAAAUGGAGAUACAUCCAAAAGUGCCAUGGAAACGCUUGUCAGAGAGAGGAAUUCAUACCUGCAGAAGGAGAACGAGAUUCUCACGGAGCACAUGAACACGUACAUGGGAAGAGUGGAGCGCUUUCUGCGGGAGAAUAAAUUCCUGGAAGAGGAAGCCAAGCUGAAUCGGCAAGAGAGCAACAUUUAUCUCUCCUACCUGUCGAAACACAGCCAGAAGUGUCAGAAUCUGAUAAUAACGUUGAACGAGCAGAAUGAAACCGAUCUGUCUCAGGUCCGGCAGCAGAAAGAGACGCUCAUCUCACAGUGCAGAAAAGAAGAGGAGGUCAGAAACUCUCUGACGGAGAUGGAGGCGAAGUAUUCCCUCAUGAACAGUGAGGUUGAAGACCUGCAGCCCUUCAAAGACCUGCAGUUGGAACAGACGAAAAAGAUUAAAGAGCUGGAGAAGGAACUGUUGGUCACGAAGAUCCAUCACUCAGAAGAAAUGCACAAAAUCAAGAGCAGGUUUCUGCAGGCCAAAGCCGACGGCGAGAAGGACUCCCGUCAGAAGAUCCUGCUUCUCACCAAGAGAGCGGAAGCAGCAGCCAUAGGGUCCCUGAUUCAGCACAUCCAAGAAGUGAAAGCUGAGAACCGGCAUCUGCGCCGGGAGUUGCUGGAGCUCAUCCGGUGCUCGAAGGUCCUCCAGCAAAUGCAGGUGGAGCUGCGGGAGCAGCAGCAGCAGCUGCUUCGGGAGCAGCUCUGCACCCAGCACACGGCGCUCGCGCGGCGCAGGCUGCGCCAGCAGGAGGCAAAGCGGGACGCCUGCGGCUCUCACAGCCCGUCCAAAGGCGGGAAUUAGCCUACGGAAACGCCUCUCUGCUCCUCACCAAUGCCGCCAGACCUCGCUGGACAUCCGUGGCCGCCAGGGCCGUCACUGCGGCUCAGACGCGGUCGGGGAGCUGGGAGCUGUGUGUGUGGAUGAACGGAGGCACUGACGGAGCUCUCGCUGCAACCUGUACUGACUGACGCCAUGGAAUGAACUGAGGAAGGCCAACUCCUCCAGCAACAUUCGUUUUCCAGAAUCUCACUUACAGCAAAGACCCCGUUAAAUUUACCUCCUGCUUGACUCCAAAGCACAGAAAAUAAAUAAGCAAGCAGCCAAACUUUCAAACAACAUAUGCGCUCAAAGUAUUUGGUCUUU